CGUUAUCGUACGGGAACCAACUUUGUGAGUCAUAGCAUGUGACCUUAACACAGCCUUAGUCCCGGCUGUUGUGGCUGGUGCUGAUACCAGCUCCCUAGUUGGUUGGUCGGUUACCUCACCUACUACAGCUAACUGCGUUACCUAUCCCGCAAGACCUAGCUCUCUCUAGCCGGUUGCCAUCACCACACAUCUCAUCCCCUUGUUCUUUGUUCUUCGACCUUCUUCUUCCGUAUCUUCUGAGGCUUGGAAAAGAAAUCGCAAAUAUCAGCCGUUCUUGCCCCAAAGGCGCAUAUAUUAUUGAAGUUGUGUUGUCUGUGAUUGCCUCGCCGUGGCCAUACCAAGGAGCGUCAUUCCUGGCUAUCCAUCAUGGCACUCGACAACUAUUAUCGCAAUAAGAUUGAGAGCAUGAAGCUCGAGAUUAUCCAGGGCCAGGCUGUCUUACGGAGACUGGAAGCACAACGAAACGACUAUAAUUCGAGGGUCCGUUUACUUCGAGAGGAGCUCGGCCUGCUUCAACAACCUGGCUCCUAUGUUGGGGAGGUAGUGAAAGUGAUGAGUACCAAGAAGGUUCUUGUCAAAGUGCACCCUGAAGGCAAAUACGUGGUGGACAUUGCGGAUGGCGUUGAUAUCAGCAAGCUUACUGUGGGAAAGCGGGUCGCUCUACUUUCCGACUCCUAUAAGCUGGAAAAGAUGUUACCCUCGUCGGUUGACCCGCUGGUAUCGCUAAUGAUGGUAGAAAAAGUACCUGACAGCACGUAUGACAUGAUUGGUGGGCUGGACCAGCAGAUCAAGGAAAUCAAGGAAGUCAUUGAGCUUGGUUUGAAACAUCCAGAGUUGUUCGAGUCGCUCGGUAUCGCACAGCCGAAAGGUGUUCUUCUCUACGGUCCGCCAGGAACCGGCAAAACCCUGCUUGCCCGAGCAGUGGCCCACCAUACCGACUGUCGGUUUAUUAGAGUGAGCGGAUCGGAACUGGUACAAAAAUACAUCGGUGAAGGAAGCCGAAUGGUCCGUGAGCUAUUUGUUAUGGCUCGAGAGCACGCUCCCAGUAUUAUAUUUAUGGAUGAGAUUGACAGUAUCGGAUCUAGCCGCAUAGACUCGGCAGGCUCGGGUGAUUCAGAGGUGCAGCGGACGAUGUUGGAGCUGCUCAACCAAUUGGAUGGGUUUGAGCCCACCAAAAACAUCAAGAUCAUCAUGGCCACCAACCGGCUCGACAUUUUGGAUCCGGCUUUGUUACGCCCUGGCCGAAUUGAUCGGAAAAUUGAGUUCCCACCGCCAUCGGUGGAAGCUCGUGCGGAUAUUCUGCGAAUCCACUCGCGGUCAAUGAACUUGACGCGAGGCAUCAACCUUACAAAAAUCGCGGAGAAGAUGAACGGGUGUUCUGGAGCCGAGUUGAAGGGUGUUUGUACAGAAGCGGGUAUGUACGCUCUCCGAGAGCGGCGAGUACAUGUUACCCAAGAGGAUUUCGACCUGGCCACCGCCAAGAUCCUCAACAAGCAUGACGACAAGGAAGUCGCCGUUUCCAAGCUUUUCAAGUAAAGACGGGAUGUUUGUGAUUAAUAACGGGUUAUUACAACAAGAACUAUGGUAUUAGUUUGAAUGCUCUUUGAUGACCGCCCCGGCGGCAUCAUUACAUGCAUAUGCAAUUGUGCACUCCACACCUCCUUGCUAUAUGUGCUGUACCUGGUUAUUGGUUGUAACGCCUAGAUACAAAACUUCUUAGAUGCCUCGUAGUCGGGUAUCUGCUGGCAGUUUGGCAUAGAAAAUGCGAAUCACCUGCGCAGAC